CAUAACGUCCGUAACCCCUCUGAGAUUUCGAAUCAUAACAUGGAAGUAUUGUUAAGAUAAUAAUAUCAUAUUAGCUUAAAUUAAGUAAUUCGUUUAUGCAUCGUUUGUAAUUCAGCAUGAAUCCGUUGACUAAUAUGAAAAAUGUUCUCAAACUGAGCGAACAGGAUUUGAAGUUCGGUGGUAAAAACUCCUGGCACGACCAGUAUAAAGAUAGUGCUUGGAUCUUCGUCGGUGGAUUACCAUCCGACCUAACAGAGGGCGACCUGCUAGCAGUGUUUUCCCAAUAUGGAGAAAUAGUCAACAUUAACCUGAUACGGGACAGGAAAACUGGUAAAUCAAAAGGGUUCAGUUUCAUCUGCUUCGAGGAUCAACGGUCAACGAUUUUAACGGUUGACAAUAUGAACGGAAUCAAGCUGCUAGGGCGAACGUUACGGGUGGAUCAUGUUGCGGACUACAAACCACCGAAAGAUGACAAAGCCGACGAGGAAACCCGCAAACUGUACAUGGAGGGUUGCGCACCGAAGUAUAGAUAAGCACGAGGAAUGAAAACAUUUAUAGAGUAAAUAUUUUAUAGGUUUAGGUACUAGGUGAGUGAGAGUUACUUAUAUCGGAGUCAAUAUAUGAAUUUUCCCGAUUUUUGUUUGUAUAAUUCGAACAAUAUCAAUUCUACAAAUUUUGUAUGAGAGAAUACAGAUGUCAGUUUAUUUGAAGAAGAGAAAUUAUUAAGUUAAGAUUAUAUUGUGCAUUUUAUAGUUGAUUAGAUUCCUGAGAAAAAAAUUA